UUUUUGUUUGUUUCUCUAUCUUUCUUUCCUUCCAAUUCUCUGCCACUUGCCACCAAAACAUCCGGCCGUAAGGACCUUGGAACACCUGGUUCACUGCUUUCUCUCUCUUUCUGAUUGUAGAAGAUAACUAUAAAUCAAGCAGCAAAUGGGUUCUCUUCUGAGCUCAAGCAAGAAAAGCCAGGAAGAGCUGGAAAUGGCGCUAGACAAGGCCAAGCAAAUUGUUAACUCCAACCCUGUCGUCGUUUUCAGUAAAACUUAUUGUGGGUACUGCAAGAGGGUCAAACAGUUGUUGACACAACUUGGAGCAAGUUACAAAGUCAUUGAACUGGAUGAGGAAAGUGAUGGAUCUGAAAUUCAAUCAGAGCUAGCAAAGUGGACAGGGCAAAGAACUGUUCCUAAUGUGUUCAUAGGGGGGAAACAUAUUGGUGGCUGUGACUCGGUUUUAGAGAAGCACCAGGCAGGUCUCUUGGUGCCACUUCUCACUGAUGCUGGUGCCAUCACCAAUAAUUCUGCUCAGCUGUGAAUAACAUAGCCACAGAACCUUUCCUGUUCCAAAUAUGAAGAAAAUGCUAUUAUAGACCAGAAACUGCACGCUGUAAAAUAGUAGUAAUAAACCCAUAUAUGUAUGUUCUUUUAUGUUGUGUAUUUGACUAGUAUGAACAUGGUGUUCUAUUCACUCUCUAAAUUAUUAUUAUUAUUUUUUUCA